CCGGCCGGGCGACGCUCGCGCGCAACGGUCGUUACCUGUCCGGGGGCGCGCGCCGUCCGCCGGAGCGCGCACACCACGCGCGGGCGCGGCGGGGAGGAGUCACGGGCGUCGGGAGCGCGCAGGGACCUCCCCGGCUCCAGAUAUGGCGGACUGCAAGUCCGAGUGGCUCCGGCUGCCCGAGUCCUGGUCCCACGGUGUUACCCGGGACGGGCGCGUCUUCUUCAUCGAUGAGGAAGCCCAGCGAACAACCUGGCUGCAUCCAGCGACGGGCGAGGCCGUCAUCAGCGGCCACCGCAAGACGGCAGAUCUACCAACCGGCUGGGAAGAAGGAUACACCUUCGAAGGGGCGAGAUAUUACAUUAAUCACAAUGAGUGGAAGGUAACUUGCAAACAUCCAGUGACAGGACAUACAUCGCAAGAAAACUGUAUAUUUGUCAUGAACGACGAUCCAUCUACAGUGUCUCUGGAAUUUAAAAGGAAAAGACGACCAGUGAGCAUGGUCAGUGAAGUUUCUACCUACACCAUGGCAUCCGAAAUGGCACUGCUUCCAACUAGUCCUGUUUGCCGAUCAUCAAGACCUUCGAAGAAAAUUCACAACUUUGGGAAAAGGUCGAAUUCAAUUAAGAGGAAUACAAAUGCACCAGUUAUAAAGCACGGCUGGCUUUACAAACAGGACAGUACUGGUAUGAAGCUCUGGAAAAAACGCUGGUUUGUACUUGCUGAUCUCUGCCUGUUCUAUUAUCGAGAUGAAAAGGAAGAAGGCAUUCUAGGAAGCAUUCUUCUUCCUAGUUUUAAAAUAACUCCAGUUAUGCCUGAAGAUCAUAUAAACCGAAAAUAUGCAUUUAAGGCUGCUCAUCCAAAUAUGCGAACCUAUUAUUUCUACACGGAAACUGCGAAGGAGAUGGAGUCCUGGAUGAAGGCCAUGAUUGAAGCUGCGCUUGUCCAGACAGAGCCAGUGAAGAGGACGGAAAAAGUUGCAACCGAAAUUGUACCACGACAAGAGGUUAACCAUGUUGCAAACCACAAAAUAUUAGUGAAGCCUGACCUUCAGAACAACCAGCAAAAUAUAGACUUCACGUUAGGUCUUAAAUCAACGGACAAUACAAACAUCACUCAUACUGACAAAUAUGGUUUUGAGACAGAUGGACAGGACCAGCACAAGCCCUUAACUAAGAUCAAUAGCGCAAAACUGCAUCCUGCAAAAUCAGAAACCGGAAGUGUUGUAUCAAGUACCACGACUGUUCAAUCUCAACAAUAUAAGUCUUUGCAAGCAAAUUGUUCCAAUGAGCACAGUCCAAUUGGGCCCAUCUUUGACCCUGUAGGAAAUGUGACCUCUGGAAGAGAGAGGCUGGUUAGUCAAAAUGACACUGGAAGGGGAAUCCAAAGGACUAAUUCAAUGGUGCAAUUGGAACAGUGGGUGAGAACGCAGAAAGGAAAGGGCCAAGAGGAAGAACCCAGGAGCAUCACCUGUUAUCAGACACUACCAAGAAACUUGCCAAGUUAUCGGGCUCAGGCCAUGCCAUGUUACAGAACAUUGCCUCGCCAUAGCACCACAAGAACUGACGGCAUCUGUACGGUGUUGCCUUCUGCAUAUGACAGGGUGAUUCGACCACCUUCAUCACAAGAAAAACGGAAGUCGAUGCGGGAUGAUACCAUGUGGCAACUAUAUGAAUGGCAACAGCGGCAAGUUUAUCAUAAGCAUGGAACACUAAGCAGACAUAGUACUCCUCUCACUAUGGUAAAUCUUGUUGAACAAUCACGCUCCAUUCCUCCAUCACCUUCCCAUGGUUCACUGGCUCCUUAUCAGGUAUACUCUCCCCUAAGAUCCUACAACAUGGAAUCAAGAUUGGAACUUUCACCGCCUGUUUUAAGAGGAGACAUGACAAUUGAUUCCAUUAAGUCUCGGCGUCAUAGAACACCUGUUAACAGGAUUGUUUGUCCGCCUGAAAGAAAGUCAAUGCCAGCUAGUUUACCUGUACAGACCUUCACACCAGAGAACCUACAGGGCAAAACGCUGGCUCAGCAUGAUGAAUACAGAGAAACCGUAUACAGCCACAGAAGCGAAGAUCUAGAUGUAGAUGCAAAACUGAGCCAGCUGUGUGAACAGGAUAAGGUUGUUCAUGAGCAGGAGGAGAAACUGCAGCAGCUACACAAGGAAAAACAUACACUGGAACAGGCAUUGCUAGCAGCCAGUCAAGAGAUUGAAAUGAAUGCAGACAACCCUAGUGUGGUGCAAAGUGUGGCCUUGCAGAGAGAUGUCUUACAAAAUGGAUUGCUCAGCACUUGUCGGGAAGUAUCAAGAGCCACUGCAGAACUCGAAAGAAUGUGGAGAGAAUAUGACAAAUUAGAAUAUGAUGUAACUCUUGCAAGAAGCCACUUACAUGAGCAACUGGACAGAUGUGAAGGAGUUCAGGCGGAUUUAGCUGCCCACCAACGCUCUCAGAUCCAAAAGGAACUCUGGAGAAUUGAGGAUGUUAUGGAAGGACUCAACAAGAACAAACAGCAAAGAAACAUUGCCAUUGCUGUGUCGCAAUCUGGGCCUGCUUCUGCCUUAAGGCAUAGACAGGAGGAAGAUGAAACAGCCCCUCCUCGUCCUCCUCUCCCCCAAUUAUUUGACUUGACAGAGAAGGGUCCCUCAAUUCCUCCUCUUCCCAGUGAGAGAAAUCUUUACCCUUGUUCUACCAGAAACCUGGUGCAUCAACUAGACAAAACGAAGAUCCACCCUGAACUGGAAGAUCCAAGGAAUGGUGCAGAUUCAGGUCCUGAUUAUCGACAAUACAAGAGUGAACCAGAAUUGACAACUGUCACAGAGGUUGAUGAAUCAAAUGUUGAUGAGAAGUCAGAAGUGGCACCUGACAAAGAAAGUGUCAUGUCUAAAGGCUUGUCUUUUCCAGUUGGGAUAGUUCCACCUAGAAGCAAAUCUCCAAUGCCUGAAUCUUCCACGAUUGCAUCAUAUGUCACAUUAAGAAAACAUAAAAAGAUGGAUGGAGCUGUGCCUCAAGUGGAACGGCCCAGGAGUGCAGUCGAGCAGCUCUUCCUGGCAGAGGGUCCACGGCCAAGAAUGAGUGUUGAAGAGCAGCUCGAGAGGAUAAAACGCCAUCAGCAGGCUUCUCUAAAAGAUAAAAGGAAGGGAUUGAGUUUGAUAACUCUGCAAGAUCAAUCACCAGCAAAGAAUCUGUCGAGAGAAAACAGCCAGACAAAGCCUCUUCAUCCCAUGGACAAGUACUCACUCUACAGAAAUAGAACAGCUGAAAGCAAUAUCAAGGAGUUGGAAGCUGCUGUUCGAAAUGAUAAUUGUGAUCAACAUCGAGAAACUGCAGCCGAAGAAAUUGCCCGUUUAAAGGAAGGGAACGUUGAGUCAAACCAGCAGCAGUCAGAAAGCAGGAAAGAUUUUCCAAGCCAAGUGCUCAAGAUUGAAAGGUGCAAUGAAGCUGAAUCUGAAAUGCUGAGUCCUGACAAAAUCAUGAAUAAAUCAAAGAACAUUGAUGGAAUAGAAAUCAGAAGCAGUGUGCAAACUGUGGCCCCAGUUGUUAACCGCAAAACCAAUACUGAUGAGGAAAAUGCAGAGGAAGGAGUAAGGUUGAUUAAUAUCUCCAAUGAAGUAGCAACUGAUGUACCAAGAAGCAGCAAGCUUGUGAGAGAAAAUAAUUUGUCUUUUCCACCUCAGUCCCCAAAAUCUCCAUCUCCAUCACACCCACAGCUCACUGAAGGAUCUCAUUUCAUGUGUGUAUGAGGUUUAGAAAAAACUCAGGCCAUCGACACAGGAAAAUUAUAACCCAUACAACACAAGUUUGAAGGACUUUGACUACAUUCAGAAGCGCUAUGGGACUGUGGUCAAAAGUCAGCACCUGUAUGUGGAAAUCAAGUGCACCAGAGCACAAGAAUUCAAGGAAGUGUAGGCAGCGACACUUGACUCACUAUUAAACACUCCUUAUAGGAAAUACCAUUUUGUUGGAUAUAAUACCGAUAUUUUGCUUACUUCAGGAGCAUGUAUUGGUUCACGGCAGUUUUGUAACUUACUCUUUUUAAAUUGACCAUAUGUAGAGAUCAUGGUACAUUAGCAUAAAUGGUGAUUAGGAUCUUAAUUUGGUUCAUAUGUUAGAAUUUUGUUUGCAUUUUAAAUUGUGUAGUAUGUUUAAUUUAAUGCCUGACCUUAAGUUUACUUGUAACUGUUGCCAUAUCUUUUAUAAAAUCACUAAAGUUUAAGAUAUAAAAUAGGAAGUGGAUUCAUAUUUGUUUUGUUACUACUUUCAAUGAUUGCAGUGCCAUUGUACUGGUGCAGAAUAAUGCUGUUAUUUGGUAAUGCCAUCUGCUGUAACUAUUUAUACUUAAUGUUGUAAUGAAUGCAGUUACUGCCAAACUGCUCUCAGCAUAAUGAAAACUGUUCCACUGUUUUUUUUCCAGUUUCCCUAUGUUCUUUAUCUUUCGUGAACUUUUCAUACAAGCUUUGUGGAGGAUUUGCUGCAACUCCACUAUGCCAGUAUAGCUCAAAUGCAAAGCAAUAUGUAGAGGGCUUAAUAUUCAGUACCCCAUUGUAUGUAAAAAUUGUAAUUAUGUUCAUUGUGUACAUAGCGUACAAUGAGCAGAGUCUAUAAUUAUAAAAUGCUAAUUACAAGUGUUAAUAUGCCUUGUCCAUAUCACAUCCUGUUUUAUAUCAUGUUAUAAUAAAUGGUAAUGCUAUUUUG